AUGAGUAAUUUAGCUGUUUUAAAAAUUUUUAUUGUUUCUUUUUCAGACUGGCCUGUAUAUGUUGAACUUACCAAUGGCACACUGUAUGGUUGUGAUUUUGUUGUGAGUGCUACAGGAGUUGAACCAAAUACACAACCAUUCCAUGCUAAUGAUUUUGAACUUGCAGAGGAUGGAGGAAUGAAAGUGAACGAAAAAAUGCAGACAUCCAAAGCAGACGUAUAUGCAGCAGGAGAUGUGUGCACAGCAUGCUGGGAGCAUGCUUCUCAUUGGGUACAGAUGCGUCUAUGGUCACAAGCUCGUCAGAUGUCAGCCUAUGCUGCUAAAUGUAUGGUAGCCCACACUCAGAAUGAAGAUAUACCCAUGGACUUCUGUUUCGAAAUAUUUGCUCAUGUCACCAGAUUUUUUAAUUACAAGGUAAUUUUGCUGGGACGGUUCAAUGCACAAGGUCUAGGAUCUGAUCAUGAAUUGUUACUAAGGGUUACCAAAGGACAAGAGUAUGUAAAGGCAGUAUUAAAAGAUGGUCAAAUGCAAGGUGCUAUUUUAAUUGGAGAAACAGACUUGGAAGAAACAUUUGAAAAUUUAAUACUUAACCAGACUGACCUUACACCGUUUAAAGAUCAUCUGCUAGAUCCUAAUAUAGACAUAGAGGAUUUCUUUGACUGACA